GGAGGAGUUAGUAGCAACAGCAGUCAGAGCCGGACUACUCACAAGUUAAGUUAACUUGAGAGAAGCAACGUUAACGUUAACGCUAACACAACAACAUAGCUAAGUCUCAAACUAAAACUAAAACUCAGAUUCAGACUAAAACUAAAACUUAAAUUCAUAUGUAAGCCGGUACGGGUCUUGGUGUAUUCACUUUACAUCCACGUUAAUUUAACAAACUGGGCUUGUCAAUAUAAAUAUACAUACAAGUGUUGUUUAAGGUAUGAUACAUACAUUACAUACAUGUAAAAACAUACAUGUUAGCGCGCGCACGUAUACCGGGGGAUAGAGUUUAGUAUUAACGUUAAAACGUGAUCGUGUGUAGUUGAUCGAGUACUUUGUAGUCGAGUAUCAAGAAGGGGUUUGUCGACUACUACUUUCGCCUUGAUCAAACCGACUACGUCCUCAGUCUCUUCAAAUCCUUUAUACGACACACAUCAUACUUAAACUACUUAAACUUGCACUUUUUAUUAUACAAACUCAACUAAAGUACAUUAAUUACGUGUCAUUUAUAUACUUUAUUUAUUUUAUUUAUUACUCAGUAAUAAUGUUCCUCAAUAUUCGCUUGAUUAUUGUUACCAUCAUUUUAACACAACGUAAGAAUCUCAGUGCUAGGGGUGAAGAUGCCUUGCAAAUUCGACAAACAUUUAAUCAAAGUAAUAAUAACAAUAAUCGUGGACGUGAGAGCAUCAACAAAACGGAUAUGUUGUAUCCUGAACAUCAAAUACCGGCAAUUAUUCAACCUGGAAAUGUAUCCAAGUUUUAUUAUCUAAGUCACAGAGACGGGCAUCCUUUGACGCUCAUUGUAACACCCUGUACUGGAGCCAUUCAGUGGACUGUCAACUGCCUCGAGGCACCGCCGGAUAAUCGACAAGGUGAAGCUGAAUCAGCAGCAUUGACACGAUGGCCCGUAAAUGCACUUAUUCCCGGAUCACCGUUAUUCAGCUACCAAGGCGACGAAGCGCAAAACUUUACGAUUCCGCGAGUACGUGCGGGACUUUAUAGACUCGAGAUAAAAACUACAGACAUAACUACGCGUACUAACAUUCCCGAUAGAUCACCGAAGACGGUCUUGCUCUACGCAACCUCCAGUGCGUUGGAUCAUCUCCCGGUAUCCUAUGAGAGUACUCGCGGCAAGCGGCAUCGCGCAUUGAGAUUUCAGCCGAGAAGAAAUAGACGGAGACUCACUGUUUCCUGGAGCAAAAGUCAUGUAGAUCCACACAUGUCUAAUUACUGUCUCGCGGUAACCUCCGGGCCGGUAGUCCAUCCUCCGACACUUUGUGCCGCUCAAAACGUCCUGGAAACUCAUUCGCGGCCGAUUAAAAGCUCUGGAUCAUCACGAGAGCAUCAACAUCGCGGCAAUCCAGAGGGUCUUCACUGUUUCAAUCAAACAAAACUCACUUUGCAUGGUCUUAAAUACAAUACAACGUAUGACUUUACUCUUUAUGUGGUGAGCACGAGAAACAAUGUAUCGACACGAAUAUCCACCGAAUCGUUUAAAUUCCGUCGUACGCCCGCCCAAGUGUUACGGACUGGUCGUUAUGUUACCGCGAAUUUACGUAAAUAUGAUGGAUUUAUGAAUUUCCAAUAUCAGCCGCCGCACAACGGCACCACGGAAUUUUAUAUUUUGCCAUGUGGCGGCGGAAUCGUGAGAGCUAAACUUCGCGGCCCGUCUGGAUUUAUAAGGAAAAAAGAAGUAGUAGGUCACGCAUCUUUAAAAGCGCCGUCAUUAGAACCAGGCAGUCGUUAUAUUCUUGGAAUUUACGCAACACCUCAGGAGUUAAUAAAAGUAUCGUCAGUUAAAGUUUUAGCGACACAAGAAGGAUCUGUUUUAUAUCCAGAAAAUUUGUUGAAGCAGGUUCCAACAAAAAGCGCACCUCGGGAGUAUCGAUCCCUACGUAAAUGUCACGAAGUAACAGUCGGGGUUGAGUCAGCAGGAGCCGCUAAGUACUGCGUCCUGGUACGGGAAUUAAGAGGCGCCUCUUCUGUCACGGGGAUCUUGAGCAUUCCCGACCAGUGCGGUCUCCAUCGUCGACGCAGGUCCGAGUAUACACUCGAGCAGUGCGAGGACAAGACGAAUCCGCCGGACAACCGCGCGCUUCUUUUCACCAUAAAACGACUACAGCCCGCGAAAGCUUACUUAGUCCAGAUAACUGCUCAAAUUCACGGCCAGUCUCUCUCGUAUCCUCUCAUCGACGUUCACACCCGGAGAUGCCAGCUAUAAAAUUUAUUUUUAUUUUUUAAAGCUCAUAGUUCGUAAAAACAAACAAACCUUGUAAAUAUUUAACAAACUGAAAAAAAAAAAAGAAAAA